GUUCUCAAGAAUAUUUACGAGUAUUUAGUACAAAUUAGUACUUUUGGCUCAAUGAUUACUGUAACUGUGUAAUUUCAGAAUAUAAAGUAUUCCCAGACUUUAGGAUGUGAUCAUACUCGAUUUCUAGAAAAUUUUAUGCAAGUUCCAAAAUUCUAGGAAUAUUCUCAUGCAAUGUUGCGGCACCUCUCACGAAGAAGCAGCAAGGUAGACAUUGAACUGAACUAGCGUUUGCAAAAUCAUAAGUUCUAAUUGAAACAAUUGUGCUCAAAAACAUUUUUGUGUUUCAGGAGCUUCAGUUUAUUGAUUGGCGACGUGUGUUGGUUAAAGCUGGCAAUGGUGGUGACGGCUGUGCACAUCUGCUAAGAACUGCGUAUGUCAACUUAGGUUGUUAACUGUGCACCCGCUUAUCCAAAAUAUCACAGGUUUUCUCCAGGUAGUCUGGUUUCCUUCUGGCCGGAGUAACUGGACCAAUAAGAGAUGACUAUUGUUGGACUUAAACUGUUUAGUACUGAUAGAGCUAUCCAGUAAAUAAGUUGGUCUAUACAAACUUAUUAAUCAAUUGUGUAUUUAUUUUGAAAAGGGGGAACAGAAAGGCAGGUCCAGAUGGUGGAAAUGGUGGUAUUGGUGGUAAUGUCAUUCUUGAGGCAGAUGUUUCUGUAAAACAACUACGACACGUCAGGAAAUAUUUGAAAGCAGAAGAUGGUGGGGGUGGGCAGACUAAAUCCUGUCAUGGAAGACAUGGAAAAGAUCUUGUUGUAAAGGUGAUAGAAGAAGACCACACCCUUUGCCAACUCCUGACAAGCACUUGUCAUCAGGAUCCAUUGAAUGGAUGUGACAUUAAUUAUGACCACACCCACUUUGCUACAAUGCACCAUACCUUAUUUAUAUCUGUGAGAGUCCUGUACAUUAAUGGGGUUAACCAAACCAUCUGCCAAUGUGUCCUGUUAACCCUUUAAGGGGCAAUGUGCCCUGAUGCACCCUAUUAUAUUAUUUUACUGUUUAACUCAUCAAGGGGAGAGUGCUUCCACUCAUUGGGUUAACCCAUUAGGCUGCAAUGCACCCAGAUGUGCCCUUCAAUUUAACUCGAAAUCUCUGUAUUCAAAUUCUGGUAGUUAACCCAAGGGAUUCCUAGGUUCCUCUAGGCACAGCAGUGAAGUGCAAUGGCUCACUCAUUGGUGACUUACGGACACAUCAAGAAAAAUUUGUCUUGACCACAGGAGGAGCAGGGGGUUAUGGAAACAAUCAUUUUAAAUCUGCUUUAAACCGUCGGCCAUUGGAGUGCACUAAAGGAGAGCCUGGGGAAGAGAAGUCCGUCGAAUUGGAGUUGAAGACUAUUGCUCAUUUUGGACUGGUGUGUGAAGAAAUGAUUUUGUAAAACAAUUGUCCAAAAACUUUGCUUUUUUACUAUUUACAACACGAGUGGCUGUGUUACUAUAUAUCAGAUACACUUGUGAAACGUCUUGAUGAGAACAUUCAUAUUCUUCAAGAAUUUAAAAUAUUAAAUGAAUGAUAUUUGAUGAGAAAAUUGAACUUAAAGUUCAUGUAAAUCAGCAUGAUUUUGUUCCAGAUAUACAAACUCCUUCAUGGUCAUUUCUUUUUGUUUUCUUCAUGAAUUAUUAAUAAGUUUCACAAAUUAUAAUUACUAGAGAUGUUAUCCGUCUUUCCACUUCAAUCGUACUGUGAUGUAGGCUUUUGCAAAGUCCUUUUCAAUUUUCAAAGAUCCAUAUAUUAAUCUGUCCAGCCCCUCAAUAUUUGCUUGUUUUGCAACACCAUAAAGGCGAUGUUACAUGGGAUGAUACAACUUGCAAUGAAAAUGAGGUUACACAAAAUUUGAUUGGUUCUGUAACGAUUUGCAUUGCGAGUUGUCGUUAAAAGUUGUCCCCGGUAACAUCGCGUUAAAGUCCAUCUGAAAUAUGUUAGAGCCAUCAGCCAUGCUGUAAACGGGGAUUAAUCCAACACCUGUAGGGUAGAUGAUGUAUAAAACAGAAAUUCGCUACCAACUCCAGAAGAAGAGUUUUCUCUCAAAAUGUCUUGAUCCUUUUUCUUUAGUUGCAACCAAUUCCACACAAGUUUAAAACUGAAAAUGUCCAUGUUCUAGGUUGGUUUUCCCAAUGCAGGCAAGUCGACCUUACUCAGAGCGAUAUCCAAUGCAAAACCCGCGGUGGCAGCCUAUCCUUUUACAACUCGUAAUCCUUACGUUGGUAUGGUAGAAUAUCAAGACUAUCUUCAGGUCGCAGGUAACUUGAAACGUCUUAUCACCUGAUAUUUCAGAGGGUCUCAGUGGGGUUAAUAGACUACUGAUAUUUGCCCGUAAUUUUGACUGAAAACCGAGAAACGAUUAAACAGCGAUCUGAAAACCAUAUCUGGCUUUAGGUACAGAUUUCCUAUAGGGAGAACAGUUCAUACCUGUAGAUUUUAUGCGAUCAUCGCUUGGUCGGUGCAACCAUUGAAUUGAAGCUUAUACAUGAUUUUUGGAGUUGUUAGCCUAUACUUUUAGAAAGAUUGGUUCCACUGGCUUCACAUGAUUUUCGUAGUUUGCCUGUAACUCCCAAAUUCUUAAUUCAUCUAAGUUUUAAAGUUUUGAAUUUGGAGUUACAUUCUUACACUAUGGAAGUAGCGUCAUUCCAUGGCUCCCUAAAUUGAUAGAGCUAUCAAGUACUCAUAGAGCUAUCAAGUACUCAUAGAGCUAUCAAGAACUCAUGGAGCUAUCAAGUACUCAUAGAGCUAUCAAGAACUCAUAGGAACUAUCAAGAACUCAUAGAACUAUCAAGAACUCAUAGAGCUAUCAAGUUUAAAUAAAGUUUAAUAUUCCAUCCCCAUUUUCUUUCAGUUGCAGACAUUCCUGGCCUUAUCGAGGGCGCUCAUAUGAACAAAGGAUUAGGUCAUUCAUUCUUGCGUCAUAUUGAAAGAUGUCGUUGCCUGUUGUACGUUAUAGAUAUCUCCUUGGACAGUCCCGUCUCACAUCUUAACAUGUUAAAGACAGAACUAGAUUUAUACAAGCCCGGCUUGUCUUCGCUUCCUGCUGCCAUAGUAGCGAAUAAAAUCGACAUUUUGGAAGAUUUGUCAAAGCGGGAUUACAUCGGAACGCAAUUUAGAGACAUACCUUUACCGCUUAUAGCAGUGUCAGGAAAAUUAGGAACUAAUAUCGCAGAUUUAAAAAUAUUUAUUAGAACGUUAUAUGAACAAAAUGUCAACUAAAACUAACUGCAUACUUGAUGUUGGUUUAGUCCAUAUGAAAAUUGAG